ACGUUUUGUCGUGUUUUGGCGUUAGCAGCAGGUGAAUUUUAUCUGGAUCGUUGUUGAAUAUCAAGUCGAGUUGGUGUUUGUUUGAGAAUUGUGCGAAAAAUAUGACAACCGCAGCAAGACCAACCUUCGAACCUGCCAGAGGAGGGCAAGGACGAGGCGAGAAAGAUUUAAGUGCAAUUUCGAAACAGUACAGCAGCAGAGAUCUGCCGUCACACACAAAGCUUAAGUACAGAGAACAUGGUCAAGGAACCAUUGAAGAAUUACGAAACCGUGACUUCAGAAAGGAAUUAGAGGACAGAGAACGAGCAGAAAAGGAUAAAGGAUCUAGUCGUCGAGCUAUUGAACCUUCUAGAGAUUCAGCUGCAUCUAACGCAAAGAGACAGAAGUUAGAUCAAGUUCCUGCGGCCAGUUUGGAUGCAGAUGAUCCGCUUGAUGAUGAUGAAUCAGAUUCUGACAGCGACGAAGACGACACUGCCGCACUGUUGGCUGAGUUGCAAAGAAUUAAGAAAGAGAGAGCAGCAGAACAAGCCAAAAAGGAAAUGGAAAAACGACAAGAAGAGGAGAGAAUACGUAUGGAAAAUAUUCUUUCCGGAAACCCGUUGUUAAAUUAUUCUUCACAAACUGGAAGAGUAGAUAUGAAGGUGCGAAGACGAUGGGAUGAUGAUGUUGUUUUUAAAAAUUGUGCACGUUCCGAACCGAAAAAGAAACACGACGUCUUCAUUAAUGAUUCUCUGCGUAGUGAAUUUCAUCGUAAAUUUAUGGAGAAGUAUGUUAAGUAAUUUAUAAUAUUUAAGUAUUAAAACAGAUGUAAAUAAAUUUUUGAUGCGUGUUAUUAAAUCAAUAAAUAAGUAAUAAAAUUUGUAUUUUUCUAUUUUGUAUAUCUGUGAGAUAUUAACUUUAUGAUCAAU